AGAUAUUUCAGAAGCCGAAGCCGGGAAAGAAGAUAUGCUCCACUGCCACAUCCAAAGAAGCCCAUAAUUCCUACUGCUAGGCUCGCUGUUGUGUUCGUCGUUCAUCUUUCCGUGGCAGUUUAGAGUGCUGAAAUUUUAAAUUCUAAGUUCUUCUCCAAAUGCUUGACUGAAACGAACGCUUUACUCCUUUCAAAUAUUCGUCACUCCUUUUGGUCUCUCUUUCCAUUCCAUGGGAACUCUCACAAGUUGUAGUUUUAUACCUUUGAAUUCCGAAUUCCGUUCCAACCCUGUUCGACGCGCUUUCAGGGAGAGAAUUCAAUACCAUCGGCUCAGCAGAUUGAGGGGUUCGUGUUAUUUCUGCAGACAAAGAUCGAAAUCAGGCAGGUAUAUCGAUUUUGGUAGGUUUACUUGCUUUAGCAGCAAUAACGACACUAAUGAUGAAGGGGAAAGCGGUAGUCAUGCCUCGAAAGAUUCUAAUUUGACGACCACACUAGCUGAAGGGGCUGAGGAGAGAAAUGAAAAUGGCUUGAAUCCUGAGAAGUCAAGGUCCCCGGUUUCUUCAAGGUCAUCUUUAUCCUCAGUUGGGCCAGCAUACAACAAUUUUCAAGUUGAUUCUUUCAAACUCAUGGAACUCCUCGGGCCUGAGAAGGUGGAUCCUGCUGAUGUAAAGCUGAUUAAGGAUAAGCUUUUUGGUUAUACAACCUUUUGGGUGACCAAAGAGGAGCCUUUUGGUGACCUUGGAGAGGGUAUACUUUUCCUUGGAAAUUUAAGGGGGAAGAGAGAGGAUGUAUUUGCCAAGCUUCAAAGUCAGCUAGUUGAGGUCACAGGUGAUAAGUACAACCUUUUUAUGGUGGAAGAACCUGAUUCAGACAGUCCUGAUCCUCGUGGUGGGCCACGCGUUAGCUUUGGUUUGCUGCGGAAGGAAGUUUCAGAGCCCGGGCCAACAACACUUUGGCAAUAUGUGAUUGCUUUGUUGUUGUUUCUUCUUACCAUUGGUUCCUCAGUGGAGCUAGGAAUUGCUUCUCAGAUAAAUAGACUGCCUCCAGAAGUUGUAAAAUACUUCACAGACCCCAAUGCUAUUGAACCCCCUGAUAUGGAGCUACUAUUCCCCUUCGUUGAGUCAGCUUUGCCUGUAGCAUAUGGUGUCUUGGGGGUUCUGCUAUUUCAUGAAGUUGGACACUUCCUGGCAGCUUUUCCAAAGAAAGUGAAACUAAGCAUUCCUUACUUCAUUCCAAACAUCACUCUUGGCAGUUUUGGCGCAAUUACUCAGUUUAAAUCCCUUCUUCCUGAUAGAAGCACAAAGGUGGACAUAUCACUUGCAGGCCCAUUUGCUGGUGCUGUACUAUCUUUUUCAAUGUUUGCUGUCGGCCUGCUACUUUCAUCAAAUCCAGCUACAACAGGAGAUUUGGUGCAAGUCCCUAACAUGUUAUUUCAAGGUUCUUUGUUUCUUGGACUCAUCAGUAGAGCCAUGCUCGGUUAUACAGCAAUGCAUGCUGCAACUGUUUCAAUUCAUCCUCUUGUAAUUGCUGGCUGGUGUGGCUUGACGAUACAAGCUUUUAACAUGCUUCCUGUCGGAUGCCUUGAUGGUGGAAGAGCAGUGCAGGGUGCAUUUGGAAAAAGUGCAUUGAUUGGCUUUGGCUUGACAACUUACACGUUGCUUGGAUUAGGAGUGCUUGGUGGGCCUCUUUCACUUCCUUGGGGACUCUAUGUUUUAUUAUGUCAGAGGACACCGGAGAAACCAUGCUUGAAUGAUGUGACGGAGGUUGGAACAUGGAGAAGGACCCUGGUGGCGGUUGCUACUUUUCUUGUUGUCUUGACUUUGCUUCCUGUUUGGGAUGAGCUUGCAGAGGAACUGGGUAUAGGUCUUGCAACCGCAUUUUGAUAGGUGAUGGCCGUGAUGCGUUGAGUAAAUCCUUUCUCAAAAAAAGCUUUUCUAUUUAUUAGAUAGGUAAAGUCACAGCUAAAGCGAAACAUUUUUGAGGUUUUUUCGAGUGAUGAACCCAGUGUACUUUAUUGGGCCAAAAAUGUAAAUUAGUUCGAUUUUAUACCUAUUCAUCAAAAAUAGAAGAUACAAUUAUGGUCUAUUAUUAUUACAAACUAAACUUGGUUGAAGUGAUACUUGUCAGAUGGACAAUAAAAAAGAGAUGCAAUUUACUAUUGGAGGCAUGA